AAUUUCACACAGUAAGGAUCUGCAUUACGUACGUAUCCAAUAGCAGCUUCCGCCCGGUGGGCGGUGAUAGUUUAGUUCAAGCUGCAAUAUGUUUUUCCCAGACCCGAUGUGUUGCAGAUCCUGAUCCCGACGAAAUACUUUUGACUGCAUGUCGGAGAUGGAAGUGAGCCCGGACGAUAGGGACCGAGUCCAGAAGAAGCCAGUUCGCCUCAUAGCAGCGGUCUGCAACGACAUGGGGAUCGGCAAAGACGGGAAGCUGCCCUGGAAUUUACCAUCUGAAUUCCAGUACUUUCUGAACACUGUCAAAAGGGUAUCGAGACCAGGAAAGAUGAACCUGAUGGUCUGGGGCAAACUGUGCUGGUACUCCCUCCCAAAAACUACUUUACCAAUGGCCAAUAUUCUGCAUGUGGUGCUGAGCAAAACACUGGACACAGUUCCAGAUCACGCCCACUUCCUCUGUCAAGACUUUGAGAGUGCUGUCCGCCUGGCGGCAAAGCCCCCCCUCGCUGACCUAUUUGAGACCAUCUGGAUUGUUGGUGGGACGCAGGUCUAUAAGGAUGCGCUGAAGCACCCGUGGUGUGACUUGGUUUACCUGACAGACGUCAUGGCAGACUUCGACUGUGACGUCUUCUUCCCCGAGUUUGACAGAGCACUCUUCAAAGAACAAGAAGGAUUUCCUGAUGUGCCGAGUGGAAUUCAAGAGGAGAACGGCAUUAAGUACAAGUUCCAAGUGUUCAAGAAAGAGAUUGGUGAUGCGGUGUAGACAGCUAAUAGAGAAAAUCAAUAGAUUGUCAGAAAACACUCAAAAUACCGCAUUCCUUGAAAACCUUUCAAGAUUUAUUGCCAAGUUACCUCCUGGAUAGACAGUAGAAACUUAUAGUGCAUCACUAUAUUUCUAUAAAUCCAAGUCUUGUUAACACUCUUUGUAAUAUAGUACUUUUAUACUAUUUUAUACUCUUUGUAAUGGAUGAAAAUCUUGAAACGCAGACACUUUAACAGCAGUCCAGUUUGUCUAUGCAAGUCUUUGUGUGUAUUCACCCCUCUUCCAUCACUGCUGCUUGGUACAUUAUUUACAAUCUGUUCCAAUAUAUAAUCUGCCACCCGCUGCUGUCACCUUGUCAGCGUUCCCAUCUCGUCCUCCUCCUCAGAAACAUUGCAGCUGCACAGAGAAUAUGCUUGUCAGUGUGUCAGUCAUCUGCCUCUGUUGACGACAGCCUGUGGUCUGGGUACCACAGCAGAUCUGGUCCCUUCUGAGCAGGACAGAUGCCAGUUUAGAAAGCAACAAAUCAAUUGUCCUACUGGUUUGCCUCAAUCCUAUAAUGACUGUCUUGUCAUUCCAAAGAAUAAGGG